GUGUGUGUGUGGAGAAGAAAAAACUAUUUUUCUUUUAUUAGAAGUAAAACCUCGAGUAAUUUACGAAUAAUAAUUGCAAUAACAUUUUAAAAAUUUCUUAUUUAUAACGCGCAUUAAGGUCAUCAAAGUGUCAACGUGCACUGUUUAUACAUCUUUUCCACAAACUCGUGCAUUUUCCUCAGUUUUAUUUAUCUGAAGUUUUCAUAAAGGAAUAAUCAUAUUAAAUUAUUUUUUUGACAUAUAAUAAACAAACAAAAGUCACCGAUGCUAUUUGCCAACAAUAACUAAAUAAAUUUGUCAAAUUAUGGAAAGCUAGUGUUUAUGCAACUGCGGGAAAAUUAAUAAAAAUGAUUUUGUGCAACAAAUGUGGUAAACGUUGUAGAGUCGUGCCGUGUAAAAAAAAUCUGUGCAAAAUAUAUUGAAGGAAACGAGACGAGAAAUAAAGUGUGUUGUGUGUAUAGAAGCCGUUGCUGUGGCAAAAAGCAAAUAUUGCAAGAAGGAAAAAUAAAACAAGGAAAUCCGCAGGCAGGGCGACAACGGCCAACGACGUUGUUCCAUAGAGAAGAAAAAAGAAGCAGAGCAGUAAUAUUUGGAGACAAAGGAGUUUAGGAGCUACUACGGCUAUUGAAAAUGGCUUUGGUGACAGUGCAGCGUUCGCCAAGUGUCACUGGUUCACCCCAAUGUUCGAAUUCGGACAGCGAAGCAGAUGAAGAGGAGGGUAGCAAACAAGAAAAAAGUGAAUGUUUCUUUGCUGGCAAAGGUACCGCAUUAGUAUUAGCGCUUAAAGAUAUUCCACAAUAUUCUGAACGUCGCCUGAGCACGGAUUCAAUAAGAUCAACAAAUAGCACACAAAGUAAUAAUUCCGAUAUACAACACCAUUUGCAGUCCAUGUUUUACUUGCUGCGUCAUGAGGAAACACUUAAAAUGGCUGUAAAGCUUGAAUCACAACGUGCAAAUCGCACACGUUAUAUUGUAAUUGCAUCACGAUGUUGCUAUCGUUCGACAACCACCGAAAGACGCAAUAAAAUAACGCGUCACAAUUCAGCUAGAAUGUCAUCGUCAUCAUGCCUAUUAUCCUCAGCCACAGGAACUGCAUCAACGGUAAGCGCUGCGUCAACGGCGGGGGGCUUGGGAACAGCCCGCCAGCUGUCAAUGGACAGUAGCAGAGUCUCGACACAACAACAACUGCAGCAGAUAGACGAUAGCUGGGUGGAGAUGCGUAAUAAACGUUUGUCGAAUAGUACAACUACGAAUCGUCAAAGUCUGAAAUGUGAUGUUUCCGCAAAGUUGUGUGCUUCUGGUGAUAGUAAAAAUAGUAAUGCCCUAACACAAAACUCAACUGCCAAUACAAAUAUAAUGAUUUCUUUAAAUUCGGCCACACAAGAGAACGUUUCUAAUCAAGAUUAUGUAGGUGUUGAGGAAUCCUGUUUGCUUGGUAUUGACUAUAACGAGCGCGCAACCAUUGGUUUGGUUGUGCCUAUUUUAGCAGAUACUACCAUUCACCUGGAUGGCGAUGGUGGAUUCAGCGUGUCUGUUUACGGCAAGACUCAUAUUUUUAAGCCAGUUUCAGUGCAAGCAAUGUGGUCGGCGUUGCAAACUUUACAUAAAGUCUCCCAAAAGGCUCGUGAGAAUAAUUUUUAUCCUGGUGGCCCAUCGCAUGAUUGGUUGUCUUUUUACGAAAGUCGCAUAGAAUCGGAGCAAUCAUGUUUGAACGAAUGGAAUGCUAUGGAUUCACUGGAGAGUCGUCGACCCCCUUCACCAGAUGCCAUACGAAACAAACCCACUGCAAAAGAAGAGACGGAGGGAGUCAUUAAAAUGAAACUGAAAGAAAUAAUGAUGUCCGUGGAUUUAGAUGAAGUUACCUCAAAAUACAUACGCAGUCGAUUAGAGGAACACUUGGAUAUGGAUUUGGGUGAAUACAAAUCAUUUAUUGACGAAGAAAUGCUUAUGAUAUUAGGACAGAUGGAUGCUCCCACCGAAAUAUUUGACCACGUCUAUUUGGGCUCAGAAUGGAAUGCUAGUAAUUUGGAGGAAUUGCAAAAGAAUGGUGUACGCCAUAUUUUAAAUGUGACCCGUGAGAUAGACAACUUUUUUCCGGGAAUGUUCGAUUAUUUGAAUAUUCGCGUGUACGACGAUGAAAAAACCAACUUACUUAAACACUGGGACAACACGUUCCGUUAUAUAACCAGAGCAAAAGCUGAGGGUUCCAAAGUCUUAGUUCACUGCAAAAUGGGUGUCAGUCGUUCGGCGUCUGUAGUAAUAGCGUAUGCAAUGAAAGCCUACAAUUGGGAAUUUCAAAAAGCCUUGCAACAUGUAAAGGAAAGACGAAGCUGUAUAAAACCCAAUAAGAAUUUCUUGAAUCAAUUGGAAACUUAUAGGGGAAUGUUAGAUGCCAUGAAAAACAAAGAGAAACUGCAGCGCAGUAAAAGUGAAACUAAUUUGAAGAGCACAAAAGAUGCCCGACUUUUGCCGGGCAGUGAGCCAACACCCUUGAUACAGGCCCUGAACCAGUCGAAAUCUAAGUCCGGAGGGGAUAGCAAUGAUGUCGAAGUGAAUGUGAGUGUCGCCGCCUUGGAUCCUAUGGCAGUGCCAGCCAUGGUAACACUAGCUCGACCGACCGUACGUGGGGAACAUAAAAAUAGACGUCUAUUAAGGAGAUCAAGUAGCACUUCCCCACGUACAAUCCAGACGCCAAUAUCAUCCAUUAUUGUUAUGAAACAACAGUCACAGAGUUUGGAGAAUUUAACUCCGGAUCGUAGCAUAGCAGAAGAACCAAAAAACAUGCGCUUUCCUGGGAGCAAUGGAGAAAAUUAUAGCGUAACACAAAAUCAAGUAUUACACAUACAAAAGCACACACCACCGUCAGACGCUGCGUCGAUGACACAACGUAAAACUAUGGUCUUAGUAAAUGAAGUGCAAAAGAUGCAUACAUCGCCACCGGCCGCCACAUCAGUGCGAACAAUCGUGCACGAUUUGGAAAACCACCAAAUAAAUGAUCCAAACCGAAAAGUUACAGAGGAUAGGAAAUCUUUAAGUUUGCCAUUUGGAAAAACCGCGGAGGACGAUGAUUAUGCAAAAAUUGCUGAAGUACCACAAUCAUCAGCAUCAGGAUCAGGAUCAGGAAGUGAAACUACUACUGUUACAAAAAUGGGUAGUCCUGUGUGGACAUCAUCCUCGAAGUUAAUAACUCAAACUUCUAACAUUAAUUCUAGUACGUCUCUUAAUCGAGAAGAGGCCAUUCAGAAACGCCAACAUAACCGCAAAACUCAAUCAUGGGCUGCAACUAGUGGCGGUAUUAUUAUGGAUACUUCUGCUUUGGGCUCCAACAGCAGCAUCGAUUCAAUAUCAACUCAAACUUCUGCACCUGCGGCAAUUUCAACAGCUCCCGCAUACGAAAGUAUUGUGAAAACACGUUCCCGCCAAAGAGAACUGCCUUCUCGACAUGCUUCCUGGGGGUCCGGCGAUAAUCGCUGCGGUAUGCCAAUACGUAACAGCUCCUGGGGAGCGUUUGAUACAAACCGCAACAGUUGCCAGUACAACUUUAAUCAACAUGCAAAUGCUAAUGCCAUUUUUGAAGGUCAGAUUCAUGAGCUAUCUACGAGUGAUAAGACUGUUUCCGCCGAAUUCCGAACAACUCAACAACAGCUUCCACAUCAUUUCGGCACCGUUAAGCGGACCAAACAAAAGCUUGAAGAAUCCACGAACCUCAAAAAGCUCUGUCAAGAGAAUGGCACCGAAGCGGAAAGCCCCACUACUAUUAACGCUGCGGAUGAAGGCUUAGAAUCGUUUCAUCCCAAACGCAGUUCCAACUUGUUUCGGUCUGCGUCCGCUGCAGCUGGAACGCGUACACGAUUUGCUCAGCGAUGUAAUAGUGAAGAAAUUGUACCGAGUAGUGGGGGCGGAAUAGGCGUUUGUAGCGGUGGUGUAAUGUUUCAAACAACACAGUUGUCUCCAGGAAGGCGCAGUGAAGGUAGCCGCUGCGCAACAUCCGAUUUAUUUUCGGUAUCAGCGCCCGAAGCCUAUACUAUGUCGGAUAUUGAAAAUAAAAACACGGUAUCGGGAAGCGGUAGUGACGAGGAAAAUGUUAUUUUAAGAAGUGACAUUCAAGCAGCAGUGAUGGCCACCACAGAAGAUCAAAGAGUUUCUGGCAAUGUUCAAAUUCUUAAGAAGAAUUUUGAAGCUAAAGCAGGUGGCGCGGCAAUUCCAGGAUCCCACUCGGGUAUUUCUAAUCAGACACCUGUUAACCCAACAACGGGAAAUCUUGCUACAAAUAAGCCAUCCAAAGGUCAUCAAUCACUGCCAUCAUCGCCAGUGGCUCAGCAUCAUGUCGAUCAUCAACAUAAUCAACAAAUUCACAUGAAACCACAAUUUCUAGAACAAAGCCUAACAUCAAACCAAGCCCAUGCCAACAUGACAACCUCCUUAUCAUCUGAUCAAACAGAUAGAAAUGUAAAAGGCUUGGUACAUAAAUAUCAAACGUCAUCUUCGACAAGUGCAAAUAUGCCGACUAAGUUAACUAUCCAACACCAGCCACCAAGUUCAACCACUGCGAACUCUGCAAUAUAUAAACCCAGACCACGGUCGUACUACGAACAACAGAGGUCGAUGUCCGGCAAACCCCAUGAAUUCAGCGAAAGCCGACCACCGCCAGCGCCGCAAAAAGUCGCAACAUUAAAUGCCUCCCAUCAUCUGACAGAGGGCAUACUAACGCAACAACAACAACAACCACCACAGCAAAGACGUUUGCAACAGCAUGGGAAAACUCAUCCACUCGCUAGGCUAAGUCUACCAAAGCAAAGCUUCAAUGCAGCCGCUUACAAUACCAUAUUUUUUCGCAUGUUGCGCUCCGUCAAGUAUUCCUUUGAUUACACCAACAUCAUAUGCUAUUGCAACGACCACACCAACAGCCAACAAUAGCACCAAAAAAUAUGUUUUUUUUAUAAUAUGUUCAAAAAUUAUUAUUAACCUCGGCUAGUAAGUUCAGAUCAAUUCUGUUCGAAUUCAUUUUGAACUUUCCAAACCCUUCACCCUUCUUUUACAAUUCCCACAACUAUUUAUCCAUUA